AUGCAUCUGAGCCAGUUCAUUUUGCUGGCCUUGGUGGCUCUGCUCGCGAGCAGCACUGUUGUUGCGGUACCUGCCUACUCGCGCAAUCUACAGUCGUUUGAAUACAUCGACAAUGAAGCCAAGGCGUCGAAAGAAGAGCGAGUUAGCGCUGGAGCCAAAGCAGCCGCUGAAGGAGGGCGUGUUGGAGCUGGAGAUACUGUUGUAUCAACCAACAACAACGGUGGCGGCACUGUGACGGUGACGAUCUACAACAACAAUGGGCUAUGGCAACGGAUCAAGAGGUGGUGGCUGAAGCUGAUGUCCAGCGAGGAGAGAGCGAGCUCGUCAAGUCACUCGACGAGUGCUGUCACGUCUGGUGAAGGAGGUCGGGCUGGAGCAGGAGGAACCGUGGUGUCCUCUAGUAACGGCAAUGGAGGUGGCACUAUCACGGUAACGAUUUUCAACAACAACGGACUCUUCCAAAGAAUUGUACGCUGGUGGAAGAAACUAUGGGGUCACCAUGUGCGCACUACGACCAGUAUCUCGACUAAAACUCGACUUCGACAAUAG